GCAGACGUCUGGUGCUGGCAAGCGCUGCUUACGCAGCGCAGAGGCGACCUGGAGUUUGUGGCUCUGUGAUGGUCUAGAGGCUGGAGAUUCAAGAUCUUGGCGCCAUGAUUUUCUGGUUCUUUUGAUGACCCUCUUCCAGGUUACAUAAAGCUUACAUCUUGCAUCCUCAAGUGUUUUUCUUCUACGGCUAAAAAAUCGCAAAGCACAUAUCAAUGAAUCAGCAAGAUCUAGAUCCAGAUAGUACUACAGAUGUGGGAGAUGUUACAGAUACUGAAGAAGAACUUAUUAGAGAAUGUGAAGAAAUGUGGAAAGAUAUGGAAGAAUGUCAGAAUAAAUUGUCACUUAUUGGAACCGAAACACUCACUGAUUCAAAUGCUCAGCUAUCAUUAUUAAUUAUGCAGGUAAAAUGUUUAACCGCUGAACUCAGUCAAUGGCAGAAAAAAACACCUGAAAUAAUUCCCUUGACGGAAGAUGUUCUCAUAACAUUAGGAAAAGAAGAGUUCCAAAAGCUGAGACAAGAUCUUGAAAUGGUACUGUCCACUAUGGAGUCAAAGAAUGAAAAGUUAAAGGAAGACUUAGAAAGAGAACAACAGUGGUUGGAUGAACAGCAACAGAUAAUGGAAUCUCUUAAUGUACUGCACAGUGAAUUGAAAAAUAAGGUCGAAACAUUUUCUGAAUCAAGAAUCUUUAAUGAGCUGAAAACUAAAAUGCUUAAUGUAAAAGAAUAUAAGGAGAAACUCUUGAGUACCUUGGGCAAGUUUCUAGAAGACCAUUUUCCUAUGCCUGAUAGAAGUGUUAAAAAGAAAAAGAAAAACAUUCAAGAAUCAACUGUACAGCUGAUAACACUGCAUGAAAUGUUAGAGAUUCUUAUAAAUAGAUUAUUUGAUGUUCCACAUGAUCCAUAUGUCAAAAUUAGUGAUUCCUUUUGGCCACCUUAUGUUGAGCUGCUGCUGCGUAAUGGAAUUGCCUUGAGACAUCCAGAAGAUCCAACCCGAAUAAGAUUAGAAGCUUUCCAUCAGUAAAAGAAUGUUUUCUUUUUUCACACAGUAAAAAAAUCUUAUCAUUCAAGGAUAUUGGAACCACAGGACUAUUUGGAUAAAAAACAUUAUUUGCAAAUUAAUGCACAUAGUCUAUCUUCCUUUUAUUGCUAAAUGGCAUGUGCUGCCAUCUAUUAUUCAUUUUUAAAUGGUCCUUUCUUAUUCAGUCAGUGCUUUGGUGUUUUAAACUAUAUGGAGAAGAAUGCAGGUAGAUAAUAUUCUAGGCAUAAAACAUUUAAUAUACCUUACUUCAUGCAAUAUUCUUUGGAAAAUUCUUUGUUGAUUUAUUAUAUUGCUAAUAUAAUAUUUUCUUAAAAUGUAUAACAAUAUCUUUUAUGCAUUUUGAGUUCCAAUUGGUGCUUCUUUAUAUUUAGAAAUUAUAAUGGGAAGGUCAUUUAAUUUGCAGAUGGUUUUAAAAUUGAGGUAAUAUCUGAUGUAGAAGCUGGCAUAAUUUAAAAGUAUUUAGCAAAUUGUUUCAUAUGUACUGCCUUAUUUCUAGUUUUGUUUAAAAUUGAAUAUGAAAAACUAAUGGAUAAAGCUAACAUAAAAUUGAUAUUUUAGUUUGUAUUAUUCAUAUACCGUGUAACCUUAUAUAUUAAUCUACUCUUGAUUCUGCUAAUUAUUACCAACAAAAUUGUAUUCAUGACAUUUUAUUAAUCCUUUGUGAAUUUUCUGUGAAUAAAAUUAUUUCUAAAAAUCUCUA